CUUUUUAGGACACUGUGAAUCGUUUUUUUUUUUGGGGUCACAGCAACCAAAACUUCUACAGACUCCAAACUCUCGCAAUCCCAAAAGAAGGGGUUAAUCUGCGCAGAGCCAGAAAAAAAUCGAAACUUCCGGCAAAAUUUACGCCGACUAGCCGUCGUCUGACUCCGAUUAUACUCCGAUUGUGUAUAAAUACACAUUCGCUGCGACAAGGAGAGAGCAGGAGGUGAAAGGCAGAAGGUUAUAAUGGGAAACCAGAAAUUAAAGUGGACGGCGGAGGAAGAGGAGGCGUUGCUCGCCGGAAUUGCGAAGCACGGCGCCGGGAAGUGGAAGAACAUUCUCCGGGAUCCCGAAUUCGCUGAUCAGCUCACCAAUCGCUCCAACAUCGACCUCAAAGAUAAGUGGCGUAACUUGAGUGUUUCCCCCGGUACUCAAUGCUCAAAGGAUAAGGCAAGGCCGACAAAAGUCAAAGAUGAAGCAGUCACUCCGGCUGCAGUUGCAGUUACCACUACUCCACCUCCUAAUGAUAACUCUUCACCUUCACCAGCUACUUCCCUUCGUCGCAGUGCAUCUACUGAGUUUAGCAUUGAUAACAGUUGUAACAUUGUGGUGGAUACGAAGAACGCCCCCAGGUAUGACGGGAUGAUAUUUGAAGCUCUCUCUUCUUUAGUGGAUGCAAACGGAUCCGAUGUCGGUUCCAUUUUCAGCUUCAUCGAGCCAAGACAUGAAGUGCCGCCAAAUUUUAGAAGAGUCCUUAGUUCAAGACUAAGAAGGCUUGCAGCUCAGGGCAAACUUGUAAAGGUUAGCAACUUAAAACCUCAGUUACAGAACUUCUAUAAGUUACCCGAUCGACCAGGAGCGACAAGGACGCCUGCCCUAAAACUAAAGGAGACAACAAACAUAAAACCUAGGCAAUCAAACAAUCAGGCUCCGGCCGUUUCGCAAGAGAUGAUCGAGGAAGCUGCAAUAACCGCUGCGUGUAAAGUUGUAGAGGCAGAGAACAAAAUAGGUGUUGCGAAAGUAGCAGUAGAAGACUUGGAGAAGAUGACUAAGCUUGCAGAAGAAACUGAAAUCCUGCUGGAGUUAGCUAAAGAGAUACAUGAACAAUGUUGUCGUGGCGAGCUUGUGCUCCUGGCUUGAGUCUACGGGACAUAUCUCUGAGCUCUCAUUCAGACUCCGUUUAGCCGAGGCCUUUUCUCAUAAUGAAAUCAUCUUAACUUGUGAUUUUGAAGACUUUCUUUGGCUGCCCAGCUAGUACACGAACCAAUGCCAGAGUCUCCGUUUAGCUGUUGAUAUAUACCCUAAAAAAAAUUAAUUAAUUUACUGGGCGUGGCUCUGUUUUGUGAGUAAUUUUGAGAAGCUCCUCUUGGUUUUAUAACUAGUGAAAUUAUCGUCGUAUAAUUUUAUCUUAUUUCUUGUUUCAUAUAA